AGUCUCCCGGUCGGCGCGCGGGACCACGGCGAGCGGCGGCCACCGCCGCGGUCGCUCGCGCGCGCGCGCCGCCCCCCUACGCGGAGCCAUGGGCGCCGUCGAGAGCUCCGCUGGCGGCCUGCUGCAGAGGCUUCUGAUGCCCGCGCCCGGCGACGCGGACGGGUACAGCGGCCGGCGGAACGCAGAAUUCCCGAAGGCCCAUGCGGACAGCCUGCUGCUUCUCGGGCACGUCCGCCUCGCGGUGCCCGACGCGGAGGCCGCCCGGAGGUUCUACGCGGAAGGCCUCGGCGCCCGCCUGCGGCCUUCCGGCGACGGGCCGCUGAGCGCCGUCGUGGGGCCCUCCGCCUUCCAGCUGCCGGCGGCCUCGGCCGAGGGCGGCGGGCCCGGCACGACGUGGCCCGGGCAGUUCUACGUGUGGGUCGAGGAGACAUCAAGAAGACCCUGAGCGAUUGCCAGGACCUCGCCAACAGGCUAUCGAAACAGGUGGACGAGAUAGUGGAGGAGGUGCAUCGCGUCACGGCAGAGGACACCCCCGACGCGGUGGAUGCCCUGCUGAUCAGGGACCCGGUCGGCGGGAAUCUGUU